AUGGUUUCUCGAUUAAAAGCUUUGUCGCUGUCCCCGGUCGCCUCCUUCCUUAUCUUCCCCUUCCUCCUCUUCUUCCUCAGCUUCCCGGCGCCAGCCUCCGCUGCCGGGUCCGCAGUCCUCGGUAUCGACAUCGGUACCGAGUACAUCAAGGCUGUGCUUGUCAAACCCGGCAUUCCACUCGAAAUUGUCCUCACUAAAGACUCCAAGCGAAAGGAAACGGCAGCCGUUGCGUUCAAACCUACGAAGGAAAGCAAUGCUCCGUUCCCUGAGAGAUUCUACGGCGGUGAUGCGCUGGCUCUGGCCGCUCGCUAUCCGGACGACGUUUAUGCGAACCUCAAAAGUCUGCUAGGCGUUCCCUUCGAAAAUGGCGAAAACGAAAUGGUCAAGAUCUACCAUGAUCGGUAUCCGGCUUUGAAAUUAGAAGUCGCUCCCGGCGAGCGGGGUACUGUUGGACUGCGCAGUAACAGACUGGGAGAGGCUGAAAGGAAGGAUGCAUUCCUCGUUGAGGAACUCCUGGCCAUGCAGCUCAAGCAGAUUAAGGCAAAUGCUGACAGUCUCGCUGGAAAGGGUUCCGAUGUCAGGGAUGUUGUGAUGACGUAUCCUGUUUUCUAUACCGCCGAGGAAAAGAGAAGCCUAGAAUUGGCGGCAGAGCUGGCAGGCCUGAGAGUGGACGCGUUGAUCAGUGACAGUCUUGCUGUGGGCCUAAACUAUGCCACCAGUCGUACGUUCCCCAGUGUCUCCGAUGGUCAAAAACCUGAGUACCAUAUUGUGUAUGAUAUGGGGGCUGGAUCCACCACGGCCAGUGUCCUUCGCUUCCAGAGUCGCGCCGUGAAGGAUGUUGGGAGGUUCAACAAGACCGUCCAAGAGGUUCAGGUUCUGGGAACCGGAUGGGACAGAACCCUUGGAGGUGAUGCUUUGAACGAUCUCAUUGUGCGGGACAUGGUCGCCAAUCUGGUGGAGCACAAGAGCCUGAAAGAUCGCGUCGCUCCUGCGGAUAUCCAGGCACAUGGCAAAACUAUGUCUAGGAUCUGGAAGGAUGCCGAGAAGAUUCGUCAAGUUCUGAGUGCCAACACCGAGACCGGAGCCUCCUUCGAGAGUUUAUACGAGGAGGACCUUAAUUUCAAAUACCGCGUCACUCGUGCCAAGUUCGAGGAACUCGCCGAGCGUUAUAUUGCGCAACUUGGAAAGCCUUUGGAGCAAGCUCUGAUGGAGGCCGGCCUACAGCUCAGUGACAUUGAUUCUGUCAUCCUCCACGGUGGGGCUAUUCGUACCCCGUUCGUGCAAAAAGAGCUCGAACGUAUCGCCGGAUCCCCAGAUAAGGUCCGAACAAGCGUCAAUUCCGAUGAGGCUGCUGUUUUCGGUGCGGCCUUCAAGGGAGCAUCUCUUAGCCCGAGUUUCCGGGUUAAGGAUAUCAGAGCCAGCGACGUCGCCAGCUAUCCCGUCUUGCUCAAGUGGGCCUCGGAGACCAAGGAAAGACAGCAGAAGCUAUUCACCUCUACUUCGCAAGUCGGUCCCGAGAAACAAGUCACGAUGAAGAACCUGGAUGACUUCGAGUUCAGCUUUCAUCAACAAAUCUCUGUCGGUGACAAUGUGGUCGACUCGCCCGUUCUUCGUGUACAGACACAGAACCUGACCGCUUCUGUCGCUCAACUUAAGGACAAAUUUGAAUGUUCGCCUGCCAACAUCACCACCAAGUUUACAAUGCGCCUGAGCCCCGUCGAUGGGCUCCCGGAAGUUGUUGGUGGCUCGGUAAGCUGCGAAGUCGAGAGCACAAAGAAGGGGAGCGUCGUUGAGGACGUCAAGGGAUUCUUCGGCCUUGGUUCCAAGAAAGACGAUCAGGCACCACUCGGCGAAGAGGGAGAACCCGCUGAGUCGAUCACGCUUGAGCCAGAGGAGCCUCAAGCCUCGACGACAUCCACCGCUGCCGAUGCCACAACGACGUCAGCCAAGGAAACUAAGAAGACGAUUCCCCCAAUCAAGGUUGAAUCUAUUCCCGUUAGUUUCACGACUUCGCCUCUUGGGACACCCGUGCUCUCUGCCACUGAAUUGAGCCGCAUCCAGUCUCGUCUGGCCGCCUUCGACGCAUCGGAUCGCGAUCGAUUCCUGCGCGAAGAGGCCCUGAACGAAUUGGAAUCCUUCAUCUACCGGAGCCGGGAUCUAGUGGAUGACGAGGAGUUCGUGAAGGUGCUCAAGGCGGAGCAGCUGGCCAGUCUACAAGAGCAGGCCUCGUCGGCCAGCAACUGGCUGGAUGAUGAUGGCGCUGAUGCCACUACAUCGGAGUUCCGCGGGAAGCUCAAGGCGCUGAAGGAUAUCGUCAACCCUGCUCUCAAGAGAAAGCAGGAGAACGCGGCUCGGCCCGCUCGUGUAGAGAUACUGCAAGAACUGGUCAAGAACUCCAAGACUAUCUUGGAUAUCAUGCAGAAGCAAAUCGAGCAGGACGAGGAACUUUACUCGUCGAGUCUCUCGAGCGUAGCUCCUACUGAGUCCUCCGAAGCUUCGACCUCAACCACCACGUCCUCCACCGAGGCAUCCGCAACCGCCGACCCUCUUGAGGACCUCGAAGGGGAUCCUUAUUCGACCUCCGCAUCCACCACUACCACAACUACUACUACCACCACCACCACACCCAAACCCACCGGUCCCAAGUACUCCAUCUUCCACCCAUCCGACCUCUCAAGCCUUACCAAGGUGUUCGAGUCCACCAACUCCUGGCUCGAAACCCAGCUCGCCCUCCAGGAGAAGCUGACCGAGUCGGAUGACCCAGCCUUGACAGUCGCGGAGAUCAACUCUCGUCUUAAGGAGCUCGAGCGCACGAUGAACCGCAUCUAUGAGAAGAUGGGAGCCGCGGCGGCCAAGUCUGGCAAACCGUCCGGGGACGAGGCCAAGGGCAAUGGCAACAGCAAGACCAAGAAGGAGAAGGCGAAGAAGGAGAAGAAGGAGAAGGCCGAAAAGGCCAAGGCUCCUCCCAAGGACGAACUGUAA